AUAAGAUGAUUUUUUAGAGAGACAUAUGCUAUGAGGGAAAUAAAAGCAGAGAGAGUGUAGCCCUAGAGUAGUUUUGCACAUUGCAACAUGCAACUCAGGAUGCGGAAAUCAGACAAGACUUCCUAGAAGGUGGGCAGAGACUGAGGGGCUGGGAGUGACGGCAGACAGUGAGAAAGCAGGAAACUAGACGGGGAGUUCAGAAGGGCUUCUUUUAAAGGGUAUCACCUGACGCAAACCAGAGACAGCCAAGGGAGGCCUGGGUGUGGCUUUCCAGACAUGAGGAAACAGUAACUAUCCAGAGAAGUCAAGGAACAGCACGGAGCCAGAGCCAAAGGAGAGAGAGAGAGACGAAAGAAAAGGGCUUUGAGAACCAGUGUAAAAAGUUGGAUUCCAUUCCAGACACCAGUAGGUGGUGGAACGGUGGUGCACAGCGUGCUGUCGCCAAACUCCUCCACUGGGAUGGGGCGGCUGUGGCCGCGGGUCUCCAGCCUUCGCACCGCCUCCUCUGUGACGUCACCGGGCAGUGUGACGUCACGACAAGAAGCUCCAGACCCACUAGCCCUGGCGCCCCACCUCAGUAACAUCGCGGCCGGUCCCGGGGCGGCUAGGCCGUGAUACCUUAAGAGGCCAUGUCGAAACGCGACAUCGUCCUCACCAAUGUCACCGUUGUCCAGCUGCUGCGACAGCCAUGCCCGGUGACCAGAGCACCACCCCCACCUGAGCCCAGGGUUGAAACACAGCCUGAGCCAAAACCCGAGCCUAAACCAGAGCCUGAGCCAGUCAAGGAGGAAGAAAAGCCACUACCGCCACUACCUCCUCCUCCACCCCCUAAGGUUUCUGUAGUUCGGGAGUUGACUGUUGGCAUCAAUGGAUUUGGACGCAUUGGUCGCCUGGUGUUGCGUGCCUGCAUGGAGAAGGGCAUUAAGGUGGUGGCAGUGAAUGAUCCAUUCAUUGACCCAGAAUACAUGGUAUACAUGUUUAAGUAUGACUCCACCCACGGCCGGUACAAGGGGAAUGUGGAAUACAAGAACAGACGACUGGUUGUGGACAACCGUGAGAUCAGCGUCUACCAGUGCACGGAUCCCAAAGAAAUCCCCUGGAAGACUGUUGGGAGCCCCUAUGUGGUGGAGUCUACAGGCGUGUACCUCUCCAUAGAGGCAGCUUCGCAACACAUCUCGGCAGGUGCCCAACGUGUAGUCAUCACUGCGCCCUCACCAGAUGCACCAACAUUUGUCAUGGGCGUAAAUGAAAACGGCUAUAACCCUGGCUCCAUGAACAUUGUCAGCAACGCAUCCUGCACCACCAACUGCCUGGCCCCCCUCGCCAAGGUCAUCCACGAGCGAUUUGGGAUUGUGGAAGGGCUGAUGACCACAGUCCAUUCCUACACGGCCACCCAGAAGACAGUGGAUGGGCCAUCAAAGAAGGCCUGGCGAGAUGGACGGGGUGCCCACCAGAACAUCAUCCCAGCCUCCACUGGGGCUGCCAGUGCCGUAGGCAAAGUCAUCCCAGAGCUCAAAGGGAAGCUGACAGGAAUGGCAUUCCGGGUGCCAACCCCAGAUGUGUCUGUCGUGGACCUGACCUGCCGUCUGGCCCAGCCUACCCCCUACUCGGCCAUCAAGGAGGCCAUAAAAGCAGCAGCCAAGGGGCCCCUGGCUGGCAUCCUUGCCUACACCGAGGAUGAGGUCGUCUCUACGGACUUCCUCGGCGAUACCCACUCAUCCAUCUUCGAUGCUAAGGCCAGCAUUGCGCUCAACGACAACUUCGUGAAGCUCAUUUCCUGGUACGACAACGAAUAUGGCUACAGUUAUCGGGUGGUCGACCUCCUCCUCUACAUGUUCAGCCGAGACAAGUGAAGCUGGAAGGCCCCUCCUUUGCUUCACUGUGUUUCCCCCCGACCACAACCUGUACCUCCCGUCCCCGCAUUCGCCUCCCCCGGGGAAAAAGGGCGCUCAGCGUG